AUGCCUGGUAGAAAUUGUGCAUUUUUUGGUUGUCCGACCAGCCAAAAGCACAAAUUAUCGUUAUUUCAAAUUCCCGUUGUGAACGCCAAACAAAGCGAACACACUGCGUCGUUAAAGAAAAAAAGCCGAGAAGAAUGGCUCAAUAUUAUUCUCAGGACAAGAGAGAUGACUUCAGAACUGAAGGAACGGAUAAACAAGAAUAAUAUAUAUGUUUGCGAACUCCAUUUUAAAGCCGAUUGCAUUUUAAAAG